AUGGUAAGAGCUAAGUGGACAUGCAUCCUGGACGAGCAGAAGGUCAAGAGAUCCUCGCACGCAUUGGCUGUGAUUGGCAGCAAUGCCUACAUCUACGGCGGAGAGAUUAAACCACGGGAGCCUGUCGACUCGGAUGUUGACGUAGUUUCUCUCGCAGUUCAGAACAAUGAACAUUUGGUGUCAAAGAUCACGGCAUCGAGUUCAGGCCCAUCUCCGCGGGUGGGUGUUCUUUCGACAGUCGUGAAUGGACAGUUCUAUAUUUUUUCUGGUCGGGGAGGGAUUGCCAUGAGUCCAAUUGAGGAGAAUGGCUCGCUGUGGGCUUUUGAUCCAUUGGGAAAACAGUGGUCGCGCGUUGCUCCCAAAGACGGAUCUCUGCCAUAUCCCGAAGGUCGAAGCUACUACGCGUUGACAUCCGAUGGUCAUAAUACCCUCUUCCUCCAUGCUGGCUGUCCGGAAAAGGGUAGACUUCGCGAUCUUUGGUCCUUCCAGAUUGCGGAUCAGACAUGGAAACGGCUGGCUGAUGCCCCAGAGCCUGAACGGGGAGGACCUUCCAUCGCAUACGCGGACGGCAAGCUGUAUCGCAUGAAUGGCUUCGAUGGCAAGACUGAACAAGGUGGCAGCCUUGACAUAUAUCAUAUCGCCGACGAUACUUGGACAACUGUGCCGUAUCAUGCAGACGGCCGCUCUGGGCCUACCGCUCGGAGUGUAAGCUGCCUUGUGCCAAUCACAAUUUCGGACAAAUCGGUUCUGGUCACCCUGUUUGGCGAGAGUGAUCCCAGCAAUCUCGGCCACCAAGGCGCAGGAAAGAUGCUUGACGACAUCUGGAUUUUCCACCUUGACACGUCGGCUUGGACCAAAGUGGACAUACAGGGUGAAAAUCGACCUGCUCCGCGGGGUUGGUUUGAUGCUGAUGCCUUGCGUAGCUCACCAUCGCCCAAGGUGGUGAUCCAUGGGGGUCUUGCGGAAUCUAACGAGCGACUUGGGGAUCUCUGGACGCUGGAAUUUGACGAUGAGUGA